UAAAUUUAGAAAUAAUUCAGUCAGACAUCUAAUGUCAAUGUUUGGUUAAUUUAUUACUAUGGGUCUUUUGCAGACACGUGACUUCGACACUAGGAGGCGCCAUUUUGGGGGGUAACCUGCCUAAUCGCAACGAAGUUCAUUUGAGUUCAAGGGUUGACAGUAAAGCCGCGACGUCAGCUAAAUAACUUCACCAAUAUGGACAUCCACAAUAAAAAAGAAAAGAAGCCUUACAGAGAUAAACUCAAUAAGGACGCCAGAGACCGGUAUUUAGCUAAGCUAACCUCAAUUAGCAAUAUAGAUCCAUAUGAGCUAGCAGCUAAAGCAUGGACAGCCGAUCCCUCGCUAUUUCCACCAACUACAAAUAUGGACAUAAUUUUUUAUCUUGUUAAUGGUGUUAGUGCAUAUACACUUGAAGAAUUCCGAAACUACAAAUCUCUGGAAGCUCAUGGACUGUUUACUAACGGUUGGGUGCAAGAUUUAUACUCAUUUCAACCAGAAGGAUGCACUAACACUGUGGUCACCGCAAAGGUGAUGCACUCCCAACGCCUGCGAGAAGCGCCACUCAACCCCUGGGCCAUCAUCGAGUCAUCUGGGGCUAUAUCCUCUGCUCACUGCACCUGUAUGGCGGGCAUAGGAGAAUCUUGUACACAUGUUGCUGCUAUGCUGUUUAAGUUGGAGGUAAUUGUCAGAUGCAGAGAGACAGUGACAGUGACUGGCAGACCAGCAUACUGGAUGAUUCCAGGUAAUCUUUCUAAAGUGGUACCAGAGCCUGGAUAUAAAAUUGAUUUCACAAGUUCAAAGGCAAAAAGAAAGACUCUGAACAGACUCUUGGAAGGAGGGACUGUAGCUGCACCUGGCAUCAGGACAAAACGCACAAAGACUAGUACUGUGUCAAAUGAGCAGUUGGACUCCUUUUUUAGGGCAAUUCACAAGGCAUCACCACAAGCUGCUAUGCUAUCAUGUUUGCCUGAAUAUUGUGAAGCAUUUAUUGACCAGGUCCAACCAUUCACAGUGCCACGUACCCUUCACUCUCUACGUGAUGCGACAAUGGAUGGCAAGGAUAUAUCUGUUUUGCGCAAGCACUGCGAAUCACUUGUUAGUAGGACCUCACUUUCAAACAAGCAAGCUGAAUACAUAGAAUGUAAUACAAGAAAGCAAAACAAAUCUUUAACAUGGCAUCACUAUCGUGCUGGGAGGGUAACAGCAUCUAACAUGCAUUCAGUUUAUGUAGCAAAUCUGGACAAACCUUCACAGUCUGUUAUUAAUGCUGUGUGCUAUCCUACAAAUGAAACAAACAGCUCUAGUGCUAUUGCAUGGGGGAGACAAAAUGAGGACGGCGCCAGGGAAAUGUACAGACUACAGUCUAACAGAGAUCACGUUGGUUUUGAGGUGACACAGUGUGGUUUUUUUGUGAACCCAAAGUUUCCAGAGGUAGGAGCAUCACCGGACGGCCUUGUACAUUGCAUCUGUUGUGGCCGAGGAUGUAUUGAAAUUAAAUGCUCAUAUAAGUACCGUGACCUAACCGUGAUUGAGGCUUGCAAUAGCUCUGACAGGAACUUCUGUUUGGAAUUACAGGAAGGGGAGAUGCGUUUGAAGCCACAGCACCCCUAUUAUAAACAGGUGCAAACUCAGAUUUUUGUUACCGAGACUGAAUACUGUGAUUUUGUUAUGUGGACAAAAAAAGACCUGGCUGUGAUACGAGUUGCACCAGACCUGGAGCUUUGGACUGCUAUCCUUGAGAAGGCAAAACAAUUUUUUGUAUGUGUGAGUCUCCCUGAGCUUGUAAGCUGCCAUUUCACAAAGACAUUAAACAGUCCUGCACUAAAUGAGAUUCCCCUUUUAGCUUGUAAUAACAAAACACCACAAACAUCAGACACAGUACCACAGAAAAAAUGUAAGCGAAAAAGUGUUGAAAAGUUAUGGUGUACUUGUCGUUGUCCAGAGAGCAAAGACAAUAUGGUCGCCUGUGACAAUGACAACUGUAAAAUUGUUUGGUUCCAUCUAAGUUGUGUGGGUCUGCAGCUUACACCUGCACAAGAAGAGACAUGGUUCUGUUCUUCAUGUACCAAUAAAAUGUAAUUUACUAUCUUAUUUUGCUUAAUAAAGAUGGCUUUAC